AUGGGAUUGCGUAAACCUGCGAAUUGUAAUUUAUCAAAAAAUAAUAUAUAUGGUAUUUUGCUUUAUAUAGCUCCUGAAAUUUUAAGAGGAAAAAAUUAUACAAAAGCUGCAGAUAUUUACAGUUUUGGUAUAAUUAUGUAUGAAAUAAUUUCUGGAUUACCUCCAUAUUAUGAUACUAAUCAUAAUGAAAAUUUGGUUAUAAAAAUUUGUCAAGGACUUAGACCAAGAUUUAAUAUUAACGUGCCACAAUUAAUUGUUCAGUUAAUCAAAAGGUGUUUGGAUGCAAAUCAAUUAAAUAGACCAGCAACGAAAGAAAUUAUUAAUAUUUUACGUAAAUGGCAAUAUAAAGAAAGUGAUAGUGAAACAGCUGAAUUACAGAAACAAAUCAAAGAAACAGAAAAAAUCAAUAACAAUUCACGAGUUCAAAUUAUGUCUUCAACUAGUUUAGGAAUAUCAUAUAAACCACAUUCAGGGGCUAUUUAUACAAGUAGAUUGCUUAGUUUCAAUAAUCUUCCUGAAUCAAAAAAUUCGGAUGAUUAUUAUGAGAAAAACGAUAAUAUAAUAAGCAAGGAAUUUUCAGAUCUUUACAACUUAGGUUUUCUCAAUUAAAUAUUAAUAAGAGUGGUAGUCAAAAUAGCAAAUCGGACAGUAAAAGAAAAAAUUGUUUCUUAAAUCAAAAUAACGAAUCUGAGAGUAAAAGAAAAAAAUUAGAAUAGAAUGAAAUCACAAUUAUAUAUCCUUAUUUAACUUUAUUCC